CAUGCAGCAAGUUUCCAGCAAACAUUUGUAUGCAUUAGGAAAAACAAGGGUAUAGUAGCAGACUUCCUUGGUAGGAUCUGGGAAGCUGCCUGAUUUAAGACCAGUAACAACUGUGUCAUCUUCCAAGCAGGCAAAAACACUCUGAAGUUUGCUUUUUUCUUUAAAGAGCAGAUUAUAAUACUAUAUUGGCUGGAAACGUGGUUUUAAUGCCCGUUCAUUAAGCCAAACGUAUGAUUUAGAGGAGAGCAAGGGGAGGCGCCUAGGGCAGCACCCCAACACACAUCGGUCCAGCCAGCUUCCGGGCUUUGUUAAGGCGCGCACGCGCUGUGCGGCCCGAGCCACGCUGGGAGGCGGGGGACGCGGGGAUGAUGUCACAGGCCGCGAUGGCGUCUCCUCGAGAGUCCUUGGUGGAGGAUCCGGGAGAGGAUCCGCUGCGGAGCUUUGUGAGAGUUUUGGAGAAACGAGAUGGCACGGUGCUACGACUGCAGCAGUAUAGCUCCGGCGGCGUGGGUUGCGUUGUCUGGGAUGCUGCCAUUGUCCUUUCCAAAUACCUGGAAACGCCUGGGUUUUCGGGCGACGGGACCCACGCGCUGAGCCGACGGUCGGUGCUGGAGCUGGGCUCGGGCACUGGGGCCGUGGGGCUCAUGGCCGCUACGCUUGGGGCAGAUGUUGUAGUCACCGAUCUUGAGGAAUUGCAAGACUUGCUGAAGAUGAAUAUUAACAUGAACAAGCAUCUUGUCACUGGUUCUGUUCAAGCCAAGGUACUGAAAUGGGGGUCACAAAUAGAAGACUUUCCUUCACCAGACUACAUACUGAUGGCUGACUGCAUAUACUACGAAGAGUCUUUGGAGCCACUGCUGAAAACUCUAAAAGAUCUCAGUGGAUCUGAAACUUGUAUUAUAUGUUGCUAUGAACAACGUACAAUGGGAAAAAAUCCAGAAAUUGAGAAAAAAUAUUUUGAGCUCCUUCAGCUAGACUUUGACUUUGAAAAAAUUCCUUUGGAAAAACAUGAUGAAGAGUAUCGAAGCGAAGAUAUUCACAUUAUAUACAUCAGAAAGAAAAAAUCAAAAUUGCCAUCAUGAAAACUUUAGCUGUCUUACCCAAGCCUUUGCCAGCAUGGGUAAACUAAAGAUGUGAAUGCAGCAUGUGAAUGCAGCAUGGGAAGAUUGUUCACAGACUUUCCAGCAUGUUCUUAGAGAUCUGAUACAUGGGUGACAACCACCAUGGGCUGCCUGCAAUAUGAACAAUACUGCCUGCCUGCCAGUGGGCCUGAAAUCCAACUUAGGUUUACUUAGCUCACCAUCAUGUUCUGCUUAAAAGAAACAUUGAGAAUCCAUCACUCAGAAUUGGUAUCGAGAUUAGCCUGAAGUCUGCCAAGAAUAGUGAAGCAGCAUGCUUGACUGAACUCAUUUCCAGGCAACUGGAGAUAAAUCGAUCCAAUUUCACAGACACAUCUCUGUUACUAUAUAAUAAUGUUUGUUUGUUUGUUUGUUUAAUAUAAUAAUGUUUUAAAUUCAAACCAAUAUAUUUUAGUUUGUCUUCAAGAUACAUAAAUUUAAAAGGCUUCACUUUAUAUAAUUAUCAGUAGUUUUAUCUUCUGCUUUAUAUAUCUUUAAUAUCUAAAUGUUCUUUUACUUAAAAAAAAAAAAAAACCAGACUAUUGUCAUGUGUUCUUAUAUUGGCCAAAGUUUUAUUCUUGUCCUCCACCAUUCAUGUAUGAGUGGUUUAAAUAGUAAAUGAUAAAUAGUUACUCAGACGAAUCAAGAGAUUAGGGGAACAAGAGGUACUCUUGCUUUGCCUGAUCUUCACUUGGGAAUGGAGUGAGAGUAGAAAGCCCAGUUUGAGGCUUAUUCACUUCGUGGCUCAUGCAGUUCUCCUUGUGUAUAUAUUCCAGGGAAGUCAGGUUUAAAGGCACUAGUAUUUUAACUUGUUUACGUGAAACAGUGAAAGAUUGUUCAGUGAUCACAGAUGUAGUUCCAUACAUAUUCACCCAAUGAUUUUUCUUCCGUGUUGUCUUGUCUACGAUAUUCAUCCAUCCAGGCAGACUAAUCUUCAAGGAUUUUUCAUCAAAUCAGUUCCAAAGAGUAGGAACCAGGUGGGAUCCUGGUAUUUACAGGCAUUUGGUGCUAGGUGGCCACUAUUUAUGUGUUAAAAUAAACAUUGUUUUUGAGA